AGAAGGGAUACAGCUACCUCCAAUGGGCAUGCGCACUUCAAUACUGCAUAAUUUUUGCUCACGCUGACAACAGUUAAUAACUAUUUUUAUAUUAUUGUAGGGUUAGGUUUAGGGUAGCUAUAGGCAUAUUGUAAUUUAUUGUAAUUUUAGGGCGAGAUUUUGCAUCACUUCCGGCCGUAGCUGUAUCCCUUCUAUCCAGAACAAUCAAACCGAUACACCAUUUUCUUUUUCUCAUAACGUCACUCCUGUAUUAAGUGACGAGAGUGCGCGUGCGCGCAGCACUGUUUACGUUAUCUAGUGUGUAUGUUGGAGUGUGCCUGUUGGUGUGUACUCUACCGUCUGAAUAUAUUGCGCACUUUGCGAAUCGACGUUGCGGAUGUCGAGAUGGCCGCAGCAGCCCCAAACCCAGAGGACGCAGGCCGAAAUAGCGGCAGUCCGAGCACGGCCAGCGCUCUAGCAGGGGAUGGGGAAUCUGAAGAAGCAGAGGACUUCGCGUCCGCAACGCACUGCUCGGAGCUCUCUCGCCGGCAAAACGAGCAGCGGAAGCUCGGGCUCUUCUGCGACGUGACACUGGCGUUUAGUAGCUCACCCAGUAGCUUCGAGUUUACCGCGCACCGCUCCGUCCUGGCCGCGGCAACGGAUUACUUCACGCCGCUACUCGGUGGUCAGUUUUCGGAGUCAGUCUCGCGGCGGGUGGAGAUGAAGGAAUGGAGCAACCAGGCGGGCCUCGACCAAGAAACGGUGGAGAGCGUCAUCCAGUUCAUGUACACUGGCGAAAUCCGAGUGAGCACCGCAAAUGUGCAUGAGGUCUUGGAGCUAGCGGACAGGUUUUUGCUGGUGCAGUUAAAAGACUUUUGUGGAGAGUUUCUCAAGAGAAAACUUAGCCUUGGAAACUGUGUGGCCGUCCAUAGCUUGGCACACAUGUAUACUUUGGAUCAGCUGGCCUUGCGUGCUGCUGAUAUGAUACGCCGCAACUUCCACAAAGUAAUCCAAGAUGAGGAGUUUUACACUUUACCAUUCCAUCUGGUCAGGGACUGGCUCUCGGAUGCUGAAAUUACAGUCGACUCUGAAGAGGUUCUGUUUGAUGCUGUCAUCAAGUGGGUUCAGAAGAACUCAGAAGAGCGUGAGGAGUAUUUUGAGGAGCUCUUUCGUCUUCUCCGCUUGCCACAGAUAAAGCCAACCUAUCUAACAAGAGUUGUUAAAAAUGAGCCUUUGGUGGUGCAAAAUGCAGCCUGCCUCCAGCUUGUUUCAGAGGCUGUGGAGGGUCAUGCAAUUCGCUUCGAGAACCUUAAAUCUGCGGAUACAGAGUUCUGGGCUUCCUACAUGGCCACCUUCCAACCAAGGUUUGGCCAGAACAUGGAUGUUAUAAUGGUGGUUGGUGGUGUCUCUGAGGGAGGUGACUACCUGAGUGAGUGCGUAGGAUAUUUUGUGUAUGAGGAUCGGUGGAUUAAUUUACCACACAUUCACAACCACCUAGAUGGUCAUGCUAUUGCUACCACUGAUACACAUGUAUAUGUGGCAGGGUCCAUGGAACCAGGAUUUGCAAAGACCAUGGAACGCUACAAUCCAAAUCGCAACACCUGGGAACAGGUGAGCAACCUCACCACACGUAAGCAUUCCUUUGGCCUCACUUGCAUCAAAAAUAUUCUAUAUAGCAUUGGCGGUCAUGGCAACUUCAGCCCUGGCUUCAAAGAUGUGAGUGUUUAUGAGCCUGACCAGGAUAAGUGGCACAACCUAGAGUCGGCCCCCAAGAUUUUGAGAGAUGUCAAGGCCAUUAGUGUUGAAGAUCGAUAUGUUUAUGUUACAGCACGAACACCUGUAGAUACUGACAGCGAUGAUGGGUUGAAAACAGUUACUACUCGUUACGACACUGUCAGUCGGCAAUGGCAAGAGGUUGACUCUCUACCACUAAUUGAUAACUACUGCUUGUUUCAAAUGGCUGUAGCAUCCACCAACUUUUACCACACUGCUUCCUGCUGUCCCAAGAGCUACACCAACAUACGUGAGGACGUUGCACGGCAGAAGAUUAGCACAAGGAUCUCAGAUGAUAUUCUUGAGAGUCUUCCUCCAGAAGUCACCAGUGUCGAGGGUGCUGCUAUCUGUUUUCUUGGCGAUGAUGUGUUUGUGAUUGGUGGCUGGAAGAACAGUGAUGAUGUGGACAAACAGUAUCGCAAAGAGGCGUAUCGUUAUUGUGCUGAGCGCAAGCGUUGGAUGCUUCUGCCACCCAUGCCCCAGCCACGCUGUCGUGCGACAGCAUGCCAUGUGCGCAUCCCCUACCGCUUUCUUUAUGGCUGCCAGCGCUACCCAAUGCCUCAAAACUUGGCACGGCAGCGGGACCGUAUGCAACAAAUGCAGCAGUUACAUCGUCGCACAUUAACUCUACGGAGACAGCUGCAAUCACAAAUUGAAUGCUGAAUAUCAUUAAAGCCCCACCGGGGGAGCAAUAGACAAACUGCUGCUGAAAUUCAGAGAACAUUGUGUCAAAAGCAUUCCCUUGAUCCUGUUCUUGUUUAAUUUGAAUGUUUUGUUUCAUUUGUCUGUUGGGAUAUUUGUUACAGAGAAGAUGUAUAAAAUUGUUGAAUAUGGUAAAGAGAAUAUUUUAAUGUGUCAGUUAAUGUGACGUAUAAUUAUGUAAAAAGGAAAUCUUAAAUUUUACAUUUCCACUUAAAAUGUUGUUUUAUGACCUUGCAUGAAUUUGCCUUGACAAUAAUAUGCUGCAGCUGCUGAACAGCAGUAAUUUAGUCAUCAUUCAGUUUGAUAACUGUUGUGUUGGCUGAUUUUGUGUUUUAUUUUAUUAUUAUUUUUGUUAAGAGUCGCGGGCAAUCACCAUUUAAGGGAUAGUUCACCCCGAAACGAAAAUUCUAUCAUAUUUACCCACGUUGUUCCAAAGCUCCAAAGUAGUUUCCUACUAUGGUUGUCAAUAGUGCCCCAGAACUGUUUGGUUUCCCACAUUAUUCCAAAUAUCACCUUAAGUGUUUAACGGAACAAGAAAAGAAAGUUGAGGGUGGGUGUCUGAUGACAGAAUUUUCAUUUUCGGGGUGAACUAUACCUUUAAACAAAGCAACAAAUUAGCACUUGUAAAUCAGCACAGUUAAACCUCUCACAUUUUUUUACCCUUUAAGUUAUUGGACUCGAAUUGUGCUCCAUUCAUUUUUAUUAUUAAAUAUUAUUAUUAUUUAUUUAUUGUACCAGGAAUGCAAUAUGGUGGUAUUUCUUUGUGUCAUUUCUCAUAAAUACAAGCACCUAAUCUAGACACUAUCUUUGUGUAGUCUUAUUGUUUUCAUUUUCUUUUCUAUUGUCUUCUUCAAAUGCUCAUGGAAUUCCUAAGUCAUGUCAUAAAUAAUUACCAAUUCAUUUUGUAAAGAAAUAGUUCUCCUUUUAAAGUUGUAAUGAAAUACUUACCCUUAGGCCAUCUUAAAUUAAUGUUUUGUUUACCCUCUUUGUAACAUUAAAAUCCUGCCUUAUUUUUGAGUGGCAAUGAUUUAUUUAGUUUUCCAAAUACAUUUAAAACCUUAAAUGUUAUCUUACACAUCUCUGUUGUUUUCCUAAGAUAUUUAUAAUCCACUAUAGUCAUUUGAAUUCCUUUUAUGAUUGUAUGUGUUUUUCGGACAUUGAAAAAGCAAUGUAUUUGCUGUUACAAAUGUACUUUGGACAUUCUAUAUUCAUAAACUAAGUAUUAUGUCCUUCUGUACAUUUUAUGUAUGUCUUCAACUUGAUGUAAAACAGGGCUCGACAAUAAUGUCCUGGGGCAAGCAUGUGAGACAGAUAUGAAGUGACAAAAUUGUCACUUGCUAAAUCGGGCCAGUGCUGUAUCGUAAUGAAAGUAAAGAAUUUUCUUGAGAUACCUUGCAAGGUGACGCAAAAGAGAACUCUGUUCUCCCGGGGUGUUUGGGAGUCUCACCUCAGAAUUUUGAAUUAAGUUCGCUUUUGUGUCAUCUUGCUCUUGAACAGUCAUAUCCACUCAAAAUGAUGUCAGAAUGCCCAUACUAGCAAGUAUCCUUGUAAAAGUAGUCCAUUGUGUUACAUCAAGUAAACAUAAACAGUUUUGGGAGAAAAAAAAAAUGUGAAACGAUAAAAGGUCUUAAAGGGACAGAAGCAUUAUGAACAUGUUUUAAAUGCUUCUGAAACAACAAAGGAUGAAGACGAAAACGCUCACUGGUCAUGCAUGAUUAGCUUUUAUAACUUUAAUUAGGUUUAAUAUAAAUUAAAUUUAUGAACACUAGAAUGAAGGGUUAUUUUACUGUACAUUUGAUUACUUUCUUCAAUUUUUGUACCUGAUAACUACCUGUUAGACCAACCUGAAACACAUUAUUUUAUUUUUAUGUUUGCUUUAUUACGUAUAUCUGUGCUAUUGUUUGUAAUGUGAUUGUUUGUUCUUAUUUUAUUACUGACUGAUUAGUUGUCUUCAACAAUAGUUGACAUUUCUAUGAGUCAGGCUACAAGCUUUAUGGGAUCUUAACCUUAUUUAUUAAAAAUGCAUAGAUAAAAAUAUAUUAACGAAUAACUAGACAAUGUUAUUUAUUUACUCCUUUACUUGUGGUGGGACCAGUGAAAAUUUGAACCAAUCCUUAGCCAUGUAAAAACAAGUGAACUGCAAAUGUACAUUCCUCAAUUUGAUUAAAAUAGUGCACACAUUUGACAGUAACUUUGCUCCACUCUGCAGAAAGCAAAUUUCUAUAUUAAAAUGUCUUUCAUUUCUUUCUACUUUAUCAGUCAUUUCUUUCCAGUCAUGCUAAUAUUCUAAAAUGCUAAUAGCCUUGUUAUUCAUUUUUUGUGCCAUAAGUAAUCAUUUAUUUGAUUUCCUUGAAAAAUGCUUAUUACACUUUAUAAUGCAUUAGAAAUUUAAACCAAUCAUUGAUGUACUGCUCAAGACCAGCUUAACAUUUUUAUGUUCACUUGACGAACACUGAGCCAUUAUUUCAUUAUUCCAUACCAAAGUAUUUCACAGUAUUCUUGAAUAAAAAACUGUUAAAAGCCAGAUAGAAAUUGCUUUGGAUAAUGUGUAUUUAGACCUUUUCAUAGUUGUAUCAUACACAAACAAGAGUAUUAAGGCUCUGAUUUUCUUUUUCUGCUUUUGUCAUUGUAUUUCAAGAGAAAAUGUUAUUUUGCAUGUGUUCUAAAGUAUUGUGGCUCUUGAAUGAAAAUAAAUAAAAGAAUACCUUGAUCAACAUA